AUGCUCCUUGCUGUUGUAGUUGGUUCUGUAGAAGAGCCCGUGUCUUGCGGCUCAUUUGAAUCCGAAAAAUCCAUAUUUGACAAAUUACGUUACUCGAACCAUUUCCCAUCGAGGAGUUCACCAUUGAACGUUCGAGGACAGUCAGUAAAAGCGGCGUCAUUGAGCCGAAUCGAAGCUGCGUCGAGGCUGGCUGCCGGGCCGGAGUGCGGGUCCGGCGGGGGUGGCGUGGCCGGCGGCGGCGGCGGCGGCGUCGGCGCCCGCCCCGGCUACGGUUAUGAGGCGCUCUCGGCAGCCAGCGACGGUAGCGAAGCCGAACCCGAAGACGUGCCCGAAUACGCUGCCUUCGAGAUGGAGUUGUCUGCCGGUGGAGAAUCGGCCGAUGGACCAUCUUCGCGCGGCUCCACCAAGGUCAAUUUUCCACCGGAGGUGGAGCUAGAACGUCGAGCGACCGCUACGAGCACUACUGCCGCUUACCACAAGGGUCGUGGACGGUCAAUGAGCGCGUGGAGUGAUAUCAGCCGUUCCAGCAUACGCUUCGAAGAAAGGUUCGGGCCGAAGUGCUACAUAGUUACAGAUUGUUGUGCUGGACUUAGGAAUAGCGAGAAGGUCAUGCCAUUAUAG